CUGACGGUAGCUAAUGCUGGCUGCAGUACACUGCGCAGACACGCACAAGAAUAAAAACAAAUGGGUUUUGCUACAAAAAAAGCACGUAGAGGAUGGAUUUGAUGGUUUUUUGUGAUUUUUAAUUAUAUGCUCAUAAAGCUGUUACAGUCUAAGUGCAUUUUUAAGCAAUUUCUAAUUCAGCGCAUUAAAAGUUGAAUUGUUUAGCAAAUAUGAGCUAACUGAGCUAGUUUGUAAGGCUGUUAAUGCUUUCUGUUUAAAGUAAAAAAACGGAAGGAUCAUUUAUUCUCAAACUGACUAAUCGGAAUUUACGUGCUGAAAGAUGUCGGAUUCAGAAAGUGACGAGGAUCAAGACCGUCCUUUCUCCAUAGCUGGCUUCCUCUUUGGAAACAUCAACGAGGAUGGACAGCUGGAGGAUGACAGUGUGCUGGACAAUGAGUCCAAAAAGCAUCUUGCUGGUUUGGGUACUCUGGGUCUGGGUUCUCUCAUUACAGAGAUUACUGCCAAUGAUGAGGAAGAACAAGAAGAAAACAGAGAGCCUGGGAGUGUGGAUGCAGAAGGUUGGGUGAAAAGCACAGAAGAUGCUGUUGAUUAUUCUGAUAUCAGUGAGGUUGCCGAGGAUGAGACCAAGAAGUAUCGUCAUGCCAUGGGGAAUUUGCAGCCCAGCAGGAAAACAGAUGAUGAGGAUGAUUAUGAUGCUGACUGUGAGGACAUCGAUUCUAAGCUUAUGCCUCCUCCUCCACCACCAAGUCUUCCCACAGCUGCAAAGAAAGAAGAACCCUCUGCUCAGAGUACAAAUGUAGGGGAAGAGGGAGAUGGCAUCAUCUUGCCCUCCAUCAUUGCUCCAUCCUCAACGGGAGAUAAGGUCGACUUCAGCAGCUCCUCAGACUCAGAGUCAGAAACUGAUCGUCCAUGUCAGAGCAUGGGACCUGGAGGGCCCCCUGACAGACUCAACCUCCCUCUUGCUGGCAUCAUGCAAAAAGACGCUGCCAAAGCUCUGCCAGACGUCACUGAGCUCUUUCCAGAGUUCAGGCCUGGAAAGGUGCUCAGGUUUUUACGGCUGUUUGGCCCUGGAAAGAACAUGCCUUCAGUUUGGAGGAGUGCCCGCAGGAAGAAGAAGAGGAAGCACAGAGACCCUCAGCCAGGGACCCCUCCUCCAGAAGGAGAGACCACAGAGCAGAGCCAGGAGAAGAAAUCAGGAUGGCUCUAUGAGUUUGCUCCCGCUCCACCUCCAGAGCAGUGUCUCUCUGAUGAUGAGAUUACCAUGAUGGCUCCAGUUGAGUCUAAGUUCUCUCAGACUUGUGGUGACGGGGACAAGGAGACAGAGUCCAGGCCUAAAGUUGCAGAGUGGAGAUACGGUCCGGCCCAACUCUGGUACGACAUGCUCAGCGUCUCUGAGGAUGGAAGCAAUUUCACCUACGGGUUCAAGCUAAAAGAACAGUCCAGUGAGCCUCAGAGGCAGGAUGAGCCCAAAGAAGUAACAGAGACGCCACCAGAGCGAGAAGACAACAUCAACGCUGAUAAAGAUAAUGAUGAUGAAGAUGAAGAAGAGGACAGAGAAGCUCUUGAGAAUGAGCUCUUCCUGAUGGUCACUCAACUGCAAUGGGAGGACGAUAUUAUCUGGAACGGAGAGGAAGUGAAACAUAAGGGCACCAAGACUCAGCGUGCCAGCCUGGCUGGGUGGCUCCCAUCGAGCAUGACACGCAACGCCAAUGCUUACAAUGCACAGCAAGGUCUAACAAGAAGUAAUUCCCAGCUAGUGCCACCUACACCUCCACCUUUGCCCAAAGCCUCUUCAAUCUCUGGCACAAAAAGAGACAAAAACAGCCACGAUAAUCAAGCCUCUCAAGAAGAAGACUCGCCCUGGUUCUCCAUUUUCCCCAUUGACAGUGAGGAGCUGGUGUACGGACGCUGGGAGGAUAACAUUAUCUGGGAUGAUCAGGAGAUGGACCGCAUGCUCAUGCCGCCUGUUCUUACAUUGGAUCCAAACGAUGAAAAUAUCAUCCUAGAAAUACCAAAUGAAAAAGAGGAGAUGACUUCUAACUCCCCAUCAAAGGAGAAUAAAAAGGAAACCGCAAUCAAAAAGAGCCGCAUCCUGCUGGGAAAGACUGGUGUGAUAAAAGAGGAGCCUCAGCAGAACAUGUCCCAGCCUGAAGUGAAGGACCCCUGGAACCUCUCCAAUGAUGAGUUCUAUUAUCCUAAACAGCAGGGCCUGAGGGGCACCUUUGGUGGGAAUAUCAUCCAGCACUCCAUCCCCGCACUGGAACUCAGGCAGCCCUUCUUCCCUACUCACAUGGGGCCCAUGAAGCUACGUCAGUUUCACCGUCCUGCUCUGAAGAAGUACUCGUUUGGAGCUUUAGCUCAGCCUGGUCCACAUCCUGUCCAGCCGCUGCUCAAACACAUCAAGAAGAAGGCUAAGAUGAGAGAGCAGGAGCGUCAGGCUUCUGGAGGAGGAGACAUGUUCUUCAUGCGAACACCACAGGACCUGACGGGCAAAGAUGGAGAUCUGAUCCUGGCAGAGUACAGUGAAGAAUACGCACCACUCAUCAUGCAAGUUGGCAUGGCAACAAAGAUCAAAAACUAUUACAAAAGAAAACCUGGAAAGGAUCCUGGAGCCCCUGACUGUAAAUAUGGAGAGACUGUGUAUUGCCACACGUCCCCUUUCCUGGGUUCUCUGCAUCCAGGACAGCUCCUCCAGGCAUUUGAAAACAACCUUUUCCGUGCUCCGAUCUACGUGCACAAGAUGCCAGAGACUGAUUUCUUGGUUAUACGAACGCGACACAGCUACUACAUCAGAGAGCUUGUGGACAUUAUAGUUGUGGGUCAGGAGUGCCCGUUGUUUGAGGUGCCUGGGCCGAACUCCAAACGAGCAAACACUCACAUCAGAGACUUCCUGCAGGUGUUUAUUUAUCGACUGUUCUGGAAGAGCAAAGAUCGUCCACGCAGAAUCCGUAUGGAGGAUAUAAAGAAAGCUUUCCCUUCACACUCGGAGAGCAGCAUCAGGAAACGACUCAAACUUUGCGCUGACUUCAAACGUACAGGGAUGGACUCAAACUGGUGGGUGCUGAAGCCUGACUUCAGAUUGCCCACAGAGGAGGAAAUCAGGGCCAUGGUGUCGCCAGAGCAGUGCUGCGCUUACUACAGCAUGCUGGUGGCAGAGCAGAGACUCAAGGAUGCUGGAUAUGGUGAGAAGUCCUUCUUUGCUCCAGAUGAAGAGAACGAGGAGGACUUUCAAAUGAAGAUUGAUGAUGAGGUGCGGACAGCUCCCUGGAACACAACAAGAGCCUUCAUUUCAGCCAUGAAGGGGAAAUGCCUGUUGGAGGUGACAGGUGUAGCAGAUCCAACAGGCUGUGGAGAGGGUUUCUCUUACGUCAAAGUGCCCAACAAGCCCACUCAGCAAAAGGAUGACAAAGAGCCACAGCCUGCAAAGAAGACAGUGACAGGGACAGAUGCUGACCUGAGGAGGCUCUCUCUGAAGAAUGCCAAGCAGCUGCUGCGCAAGUUUGGUGUACCAGAGGAAGAGAUCAAAAAGCUGUCUCGUUGGGAGGUGAUCGAUGUGGUGAGAACCAUGUCCACAGAGCAGGCGCGUUCAGGUGAAGGUCCAAUGAGUAAGUUUGCAAGAGGCUCCCGUUUUUCUGUUGCUGAACAUCAAGAGCGUUACAAAGAAGAGUGCCAGAGGAUCUUUGACCUGCAGAACAAAGUGCUGGAGUCCACAGAGGUGCUCUCCACAGACACAGACAGCAGCUCAGCAGAGGACAGUGACUUUGAGGAGAUGGGGAAGAACAUCGAGAAUAUGCUGCAGAACAAGAAGACGAGCUCCCAGCUGUCCAGAGAGAGGGAGGAACAGGAGAGGAAAGAGCUGCAGAGGAUGCUUAUGGGCGAGGAGACAGACAGGGACAACAAGGGACGCAAGGAGCGCCGCAAAGGCUUGUCCAGUUCUUUAUCCACCAGCUCCCACAAGGAUGAUGACACAUCUUCUGUCACCAGCCUGAACUCUUCUGCGACAGGACGGAGACUCAAGAUCUACCGCACAUUCAGAGACGAGGACGGCAAGGAGUAUGUGCGCUGUGAGACAGUACGAAAGGCUGCAGUCAUCGAUGCUUACACCAGGAUCAGAACCACCAAGGAUGAUGAAUUCAUUCGAAAGUUUGCCCUCUUUGAUGAGCAGCACAGAGAGGAAAUGAGGAAAGAGCGACGGCGUAUUCAGGAGCAGCUGAGGAGGCUGAAGAGAAACCAGGAGAAAGACAAAAUCAAAGGACCUCCAGAAAAGAAGGCCAAGAAGGUUAAGGAGAGACCAGACCUCAAGGUAAAACUAAAGUGCGGUGCAUGUGGAGCCAUCGGACACAUGAGGACCAACAAGUUCUGCCCACUGUACUAUCAAACCAACGCCCCGCCUUCUAACCCCGUUGCAAUGACAGAGGAGCAGGAGGAGGAGCUUGAGAAGACAGUCAUCCAUAAUGACAACGAGGAGCUCAUCAAGGUGGAGGGCACCAAGAUUGUGCUGGGAAAACAGCUCAUUGAGAGUGCCGAUGAAGUGCGCAGAAAGUCUUUAGUGCUCAAGUUCCCCAAGCAGCAGCUUCCUCCAAAGAAGAAGAGACGUGUAGGCAGUGCUGUACACUGUGAUUAUCUCAAUAAACCACACAAGGCGAUCCACCGGCGUCGCACUGACCCCAUGGUGACCUUAUCCUCUGUCCUGGAGAGCAUCAUCAACGACAUGCGGGAUCACCCGAAUACGUAUCCGUUCCACACACCCGUUAAUGCCAAAGUUGUGAAAGAUUACUACAAGAUCAUCACACGGCCCAUGGACCUGCAGACGCUGAGAGAGAACGUACGGAAGCGGAUGUACCCGUCCAGGGAGGAGUUCAGGGAAGCAGUGGAGGUUAUUGUCAAAAACAGCGCCACCUACAAUGGGGCAAAACAUCCAAUAACGCAGGUUGCUCAGUCCAUGCUGGAUCUAUGUGAUGCUAAACUCAAAGAGAAGGAGGACAGGCUGGUGAGGCUGGAGAAAGCCAUCAACCCCUUGCUGGAUGAUGACGAUCAGGUGGCCUUCUCCUUCAUCCUGGACAACAUUGUGACCCAAAAAAUGAUGGUGGUUCCUGAUUCAUGGCCGUUUCAUCAUCCUGUGAACAAAAAGUUUGUGCCUGAUUAUUACAAGGUGAUAGUAAACCCCAUGGAUCUGGAAACCAUACGCAAGAACAUCUCCAAACACAAAUACCAGAACAGAGAGGUGUUCCUGUCAGACGUCAGUCUCAUCCACACAAACAGUAUCAAGUACAACGGUCCAGAUAGUCCUUACACCAAAACCGCUCUGGAGAUUGUAAACGUCUGCAAGCAAACUCUGGCAGAGUAUGACGAGCACUUGACUCAGUUAGAGAAGGACAUCUCCACAGCGAAGGAGGCCGCUCUGGAUGCAGCAGACCUGGAAUGUCUCGACCCAAUGACACCUGGGCCGUAUACACCUCAGCCUGCUGAUCUGUUUGACAGCGGGCCUUCAGGGAGUCUGCCCAGAGAGACCAGCAGCCUUUUCUCUGAGGGACCGCUAGUGGUUGCUCCAGAGAAGAGAGGGGGGCAGGGUCGCCACAGCAGAAGACCUGGGGAGGAAGAGUCAGAUGUGGAUAUUGAAGGCUUUGAGGAGGAUGAUGAUGGCAAACCAAAGACUCCAGCUCCUGCUGAGGAUGCAGAUGGAGACCUAGAGGACGAGGAUGAUGAUGAGGAAAUGUUGCUCCCACCUCGCAGACGGCUACACGAUCAGGAUGAAGAAGAAGAGGAGGAAGACGACGAGGACGGAAGAUCUCACCGGCCAGCCCAGGCCAGCGUGCUUUACCAGGAUCUGCUCAUGUCUGAUGGAGAGGACGAUGCCAGCGAAGAGGAGGGCGACAAUCCUUUCUCCUCCAUACACCUGUCUGAGAGCGGCAGCGACUCUGACAGGGAGGUGGAUGUGCGACCUGCUCCUCCAAGAAGAACUCAAGAGACGGCUCGUAUGGGCAUGGAGCAGGACGAGAGCAUGAUGUCAUAUGAAGGGGACGUGCCUGACGAGCACCACAUGGAAGACAGUAAUGUCAGUUACGGCAGCUUUGACGAGAGCCGUAGUCAACUGCAGCCCUCCAGCAUGGGAAACGGAGACUACGGCAUGAGCGAGGAGGAGGAGGAAGACGAAGAAGAUGAAGCACGCAGGAGAGGCCCGGCUGUGCUGUCCCAAGUCCAGCUCAGUGAAGACGAAGAAAGCGAAGAGUUCAGAUCCAUCGGAGGAGACAGCGACAUGGACUCAGACAACUAAAUUAGAUUUUUUUAAAUCAAGAAAACAGUGUUUAUAAGUGCAGUUUUAAAUAUAAGGAUGUAUUAUUCUGUAAAUGACGUCUAAUGUUUAUAGCGUUCUCCUGUGCUCUUACUGCAGUAAAGCACACUGUAAAUUUCAAUUUGCCCUUUUUUAUUUUGAGUGAAUAAUGAUGCUUCCUUACAUGGAGAUGUGAACUAUGUUGUGUACUCCUUUAAAUAAUUCAUAUCCUGUGCUCACAACAAGCCCAGUGAUUGUUUGUUCUGUCCUACAGAUGGAUUAGGAAGAAGAAUAAACAGACUGAAGAUGUACAGAAAUACCUAUGACCACUUUUUCUUUAAG